AUGUCCCCUUCAUUCUUGCACCGUCUCAAGAGCAAGGUCAGAAGUCUGCAAGACCGCAGGCGGAAAGUGUAUUGUCCAACUCUCCCAGAAUCUCAGGAUCCCCGUGCACAAACGCGGUCUGAGAUUGCUGCCGAGAUUUUGCUCCGGGAGAAGCAGUUGGGAGCGGAUUUGUCCUUGGUGGAAGGGGAGGAGAAGGGAGAAGUGAAACAAUUGGUUGUCGAUGAUGCCGCAUCGAUUAACACUGAGCUGUUCCCGGACUUUGACUCUAGCAUCGACCCGGAAGCCCAUGUUGAAGACAUCUUUGCAAAUGUGAGCGCACAGUUCUGGAAGGGCCGGCAGAGGUCGUGGAGCUGGGCGUCCAAUGCCACUUGCGUCGAGGUGAGUGACCAGCGACGGCGCGAGCAGGAGGGCUGGCCUCUUUCCCUCAAGCCUGUGGCGAAUCCUGUGACGGGUGAGGUCAUCUAUGCCCCCGUGCCCUUUUUCCUGUGUCCUGGCUACUAUGAAGAAGACCCACCGCUCUGUGAGUUUUCCAUCGAGGUUGCCUUUGAGCAAGGUGAGUAUAGUGACGACAGCAAUGUGAUGGAUGAGGCUCUCCAUCAUGCUUUUACCUCGAUGAGUGAAGACCAUGAGUGGGACCACGUUGACAAGAACCUCAAAUGGCGCUUUAUCGAUGUGGUUGCAUCCAAAAAGCACCACCACACCGUCUCGACGCACCAGAAAGGUAGGAGCACAUGUUCACGGCCAGGUUGCGAUCUGGGAAAAUCCAAAAGACAAGAGCUGAAGCGAUUUUUGGAUCAUUUUUGGAAGAGCUUUUCAACAGCUCUGUAG